AAGUGGACUAGUAGAUUGACUUUUCAUUGGAACUCCGUUCCGCUUUUAUUUGCAUCCUCUAUCCCAGCCUUUGCUUAGGGCAGGAGGUUUCCUCAGGUUCACCUCCACUAAUUUGUGCCAGUUUCAGAAGAUAACUGAAAGAGGUUGAAUUUCGAGAUGGGUUGCUUGGCUUUUGUCAAGUUUGCAUUGAUACGCUUUGAUGCUCUUGCAUGGCCUCUUUUUGCUUUGGGUUAUCCUCUAAGAGCUUCCAUUCAGGCAAUUGAGGCUGAUUCGAGCUCUGACUGCAAGAAAUUGGUUACCUACUGGGUUAUCUUUUCAUUGAUUUCCCUAUUUGAGCAUGCUUUCAUGGGGCUGCUUCAAUGGCUACCAUUCUGGCCAUACAUGAAGCUAACCCUCGUCGGCUGGUUGAUGAUACCUCGCUUUGAUGGUGCUUUAUAUGUCUAUGACAACUUUGUUCACCCAUGUGUCUAUGUGGACAUGCAAACUAUCAUUAACUGGUUCAAGAAGCAGCAGGAGUUCUUUCUGAACGACAAUUUUCUUGCUGAGGCAGAUAAAUAUGUGAAGGCAAAUGGACCCGAAGCUUUGGAGAAACUUAUUGCUACCGAGUCAAAGGGCAGAGAGCCUAGCAAGCUGCAGAGAGAAAUAAAACCUGCACAAGUAACAGAGGAAAAGGAAACUGCUGCAGUGGACCUGUUUUUUCAGAUUCCUGAAACAGAGCCCAGCGCUGCUCAGACACAGUUCAAGAUGUCGGCAGCUGCCCGUUCGGAGAUAAAGGAAGCAACAUGUUGGGAUCUUCCUGAGAUACCUUCAGAUAAGCAAGUUCAGAAGGAGUGGACCUGUGCCAUGUGUCAAGUAACAACCUCCUGUGAGAAAAACUUGAACAUGCAUCUCCAAGGAAGACGACACAGGGCUGCUUGUGAGGAGCUAAUGAAGGCAAAGAACCAGCCUUCCAAAGGCAAGGUUGCUCCUGCUUCAGCGGUUAAGGACUCCAAAAAGGAACCUGAGAAACUUGCUUCCAGCAGUAGUACUCAGGCCAGCCAAAAGAUGCAGCAACCUUCCAACGGCCAAGUCUCUGCUGCUUCAGUGGCUAAGAACUCUGAUCUUCCCAAAAAUGAACCUGAGAAAUGUGCAACCAGCAAUAGUACACCCACAUGCAGCAAAGCCGUGAAUCCUAAAACAGGGAUAAGCAAUGGAAGCAAACCUGAUCUGCCCAAAGAGGAACCAAAGAACUCGUUACCAAAAAAUAAGGCAGGAAAUCAACAAAAAUCAAGAGAAAAGGUACAAGGCCAGCAACAGAGUGGGAAGAAACAUGCUGAGAUUAAUAAUCCUCAAUUUCGGUGCACCAUCUGUAACGUAACCUGCAGUCGUUCAGAGGACUUGAACUGUCACCUCUGGGGAAGGAAGCACUUGGCCCGGAUUCAAGAACUGAAUAGACUUGGACAAAGCGAGCUUGCUUGAGUUGGAUAGUUUCUGCAAUUGAUGCUGAAAUCUUCGCAGAUGUAAAGCAAUUUUACUGAAGCAGCAAGGAGCAAAGGUCAGAGAAAGACCAGAAUUACUGGGUCAAGAAAGUUUUGAAGGUUAGCUUGAUAAGGUAUAGUUUCAAGUUUUCUUGUCACCCAUAUCAUCCUUCUGCCAUCUAAUUGAUCCGAUUCUUCACAUUUUGCGAAUAAUUAAUUAAUCAUGCUAAUAACAUAAUAAACAAAUUAGUCUCAAGACAUUAAAUCGUCCACGAUGUUAGACCAUGAAGUAUAAAUCUCCAUUGUUCAAUGUGAAAGACUGCUGCUGUUUGCAACAAUAUGCAGGGUUGCAAAAUGAUGUCUCCUAUGAAAAAGAGAUGCAUCUUUCAGGUAAGUUGGAAAUGGAAGAAAGUAAAGCAUAAAGGAUGAGCAGUUUGAAUCUGACGCUUCAGUUUCAUACUGUGGCACCAUACUUUGCCACACAGCUACAAUGCUAUGAAGCAAGCCAUUUCUUAUGGAGUGAUUCGGUGCCCAGCUAGCGCUGAGACUUCCAGUGGAACAUCCAUGGUGAACCAACUAAACCACGCUUGGGAGUGUCAAGCACCAUUGAGUUUUCCAACAGAGUAGGCCUCACUUCUCAGCAAAAUACUAUUGCUUAGUAGAAAGUUCUAAACUUUUCAACUUCAACACGAAGAAAAUCGUAUGUAAAUGAUCUUUUUUUCCACCUAAAAUUAAAAACAUUUUUCUAA